AAAACAAGGAGAGGUUCACCUCCGGCGGAACCCUCUCCGCCACCAUGGAUAAUUCUUCAAAGGUUAUUCAAACCCUUAAUUUCUACCUUUCCGAACACCCUUCCAUCGUUGGAUUCCGAUGGAGCGACACACAACGUUGGGGUUCCACAUGGUGUUUCCUCAUUACCGCCAUAACAAUUUACAUUAUAACAUCUCUUUUUCUCCACCUUUUAUUAACUCUUCUUCUUCGCCAUACCAAACCCGUUCCUCUUGGUCCUUUACCUGCACUUCAUUAUCUCACCGUCUCCAUCGUAUCCACCAUCAUAUUUUUUGGAAUAUUAUUCUCCACCGUUGUUGAAAUCAAAGAAACACGUUGGUUUUGGCAUCGGUCAAAAACUCCUCUUCAAUGGCUCCUUUGUUUUCCACUAGGUACUCGUCCUUCAGGCCGCGUUUUCUUUUGGUCUUAUAUUUUCUACCUAUCUCGUUUCCUUCAUAUGUUUAUAACAUUUUUCGUCAUUCUAAGACGUCGUAAACUAGUUUUCUUUCAACUCUUUUAUCAUUGCAUUUCCACUUUCAUGUCUUUCUUGUGGCUAGAAUUCUCGCAAUCAUUUCAAGUGCUUGCGAUUCUUUUCACCACUCUUGCAUAUUCCGUUAUGUAUGGUUAUAGAUUUUGGACUGCGUUUGGGUUGCGCGGCGCAUGUUUCUUCCCAGUUGUGUUGAACUUUCAAAUGGUGUUGUUGGGAUGUAACAUUGUUUGUCAUGUUGGAGUUCUUUUGUUGCAUUUUUUUAAUGGUGGGUGUAAUGGAAUUGGUGCUUGGGUUUUCAAUUCUAUUUUGAAUGGGGCCAUUUUGUUGUUAUUUGUUAAUUUUUAUGUGAGGGCUUAUCUUGGCAAAAGAAAGAAGAUUAACGGUGUCAAUAAGGAAGCAGAUGCCAACAAAUUGAAGUCUAAUUGAAGCAACAAAAAAGUGCUUACAUUAAAAAAAAAAUGUAUGUAAUUAGAUUUUGUUGGUGUUGGACAACUUUAUUUAUUUGAAAAAAAAGUUGUGUAAAGUUUAUAAGGAAAUGGUAUAUAUUGAUAGGAAAACGAAGUCAGAAUUUUGGCUGAGUGCUUAAUAAUAUAGUACAUAAUAUUGUGAGAGAUUGUUGUAUAAUCACUAUUGAUCUCUAUCAUGAAACAUAGUUUUUUCAAUU